AUAUGUAUAUGUAUAUUGCUAGGGGUGUCUGAUAGAGAUAGUCCCCAGUGGAGAAAGGCUGGGAACGGCCUGGCCGGGUGAAGCGCUGGUGCCUUCCCAUCAGGAAUCCUGCAUGUGAUGCAAACUGGCCAGCCGUGCUCUUCGUACCGCACAUGGGCAUCUUCCUGAACAUCCCAUGCGCUGGUGAUGCUACAUCCCCCUAAAGCAUCCAAAAAAACAAGGAAUUACUGACGUAACCAUGAUAGAAGAUAAAGGUCCACGAGUGGCCGACUAUUUCGUAGUAGCAGGGCUCACUGAUACAGAUACCACAUCUCUCCUGGACCAAGAAAUAAGCCACCAUGAAACAAAACGAACAAAGCCAAUUACAGACAUUGCUGUGAUAAUUAAAUCAGCUGGUGAGACAGUUCCAGAAGGAUACACUUGUGUUGAAGCCACCCCUACAGCCCUUCAAGCAAACUUAAACUAUGGGAGUCUUAAGAGYCCGGAGCUUUUUCUUUGCUACAAAAGAGGCUGGGACAAACCACCUCUUAUUGAUAUCGGAGUUUUAUAUGAAGGGAAGGAACGUAUAAUUUCAGGGUGUGAAGUGAUUCAGGCUACUCCUUAUGGUCGUUGUGCCAACGUUAACAAUAGUUCAGCAUCUUCUCAACGGAUCUUUAUCACUUACCGAAGAGCCCCUUCAGUACGGCCUCAGAAUUCAUUGGCAGUGACGGAUAUCUGUGUUAUUGUUACCAGCAAAGGAGAAACCCCUCCUCAUACCUUUUGCAAAGUUGAUAAGAAUUUAAAUUGCGGCAUGUGGGGUUCCAGUGUGUACCUUUGYUAUAAGAAGUCUGUGCCAGCUUCUAACUCUCUAGCAUAUAAAGCUGGCCUAAUUUUCAGAUAUCCUCAGGAGAACUAYGAGUCAUUUCCAUUGUCAGAUUCUGUACCGCUCUUCUGCCUKCCUAUGGGAGCUACUAUUGAAUGCUGGGACCCACAAACCAAAUAUCCACUACCAGUAUUCUCCACAUUUGUACUGACCUGUUCCUCUGCAGAAAAGGUUUAUGGUGCUGCUAUUCAGUUUUAUGAGCCUUAUCCUCGGGAACUGCUAACAAAAAAUCAACAAUUGCAGCUGGGUCUCCUGACAGCUGUAGAGAGAAAAGUGAUUACUUCCAAGUCUAUCAAUUCCAACAAAUGUAUCUGCCUUCUUUCACACUGGCCCUUCUUUGAAGCGUUUCGGAAAUUUCUUAUGUUCAUCUACAAACUCUCUGUCUCUGGACCUCAUCCUCUUCCCAUUGAGAAGCACAUAUCCCACUUUAUGCACAAUAUACCUUUCCCUUCACCACAAAGGCCGAGAAUUCUUGUGCAGCUUUCUGCCCAUGAUGCAUUAAUAUUGUCUCAGCCAGUUUCUACACCGUUGCCAUUAAGUGGAGCAAACUUUAGCACUCUGCUCAUGAAUCUUGGACCCGAAAACUGUGCUACUCUAUUACUUUUUGUAUUACUAGAAGGCAAGAUCCUCCUCCAUUCUCUUAGACCAGCUGUGUUGACAGGAGUUGCUGAAGCUGUAGUAGCUAUGAUAUUUCCAUUUCAGUGGCAAUGUCCAUACAUCCCUCUCUGUCCUUUGUCUUUGGCCACUGUGCUCAAUGCCCCUCUUCCAUUCAUUGUUGGAGUAGAUUCACGGUACUUUGAUCUGUAUGAUCCGCCACAGGAUAUUGUGUGCAUUGACUUAGACACAAACAUGGUGUACAUAUCAGAUGAUAAGAAGAGCACAAACUGGAAACAGUUUCCUAAGAAGCCAUGUAAAAGUCUGCUCAGCACCUUAAAGAAACUGCACCCACAACUGGCAGCAGUUCGCAGGAAAACUCAAGAAGGCUCUGCAGUAGAGAUGACUCCCAUUGAGGCAGAUUUCUCCUGGCAGAAGAAGAUGACUGAGCUUGAGAUGGAGAUUCAGGAAGCUUUUCUCCGUUUUAUGGCUUCAAUUUUAAAGGGUUACAGAACAUUCCUCAAGCCAAUCACCCAGGCCCCUUCAAAUAAGGCAACAGCUGCUGAAUCACUGUUUGAUCAUCAAGGAUUUUUAAAAAGUCGAGACCGUGCCUAUACAAAAUUUUACACGCAUCUCACCAAAACACAGCUAUUUAGCAGAUUUAUUGAAGAGUGCAGUUUUGUGAGCGACAAAGAUACUGGCUUGGCAUUUUUUGAUGACUGCAUAGAAAAGCUCUUUCCRGAUAAAGGAACAGAAAAAGGAGAGAAGAUUGAUGUAGACUCUGUGGAGGAUGCCAGGUUGAUUGAGCUUGAUGAGUCACAAAAAAGUGAACACACAGUAUUUAUUAUGCCACCAGAACCUCCCCCUGAUGAUGGUCAAGACCGAGCACCAAAAUACAGCUAUACGAACUUUCCACGACUAGAUUUCAAGCUCUUUGACAGGCCGCAGGAGCUCAAGCUCUCUUUCAGCAGACACCCAAUUGGAGGCUGCAUUUCUAAUAGUCCAGCACUCAUGGCAAAAAGGACAAAACAGNNNAUAAAAACAGCCCAUAAGUUAGCCAAGAAGUGUUACCUAAGCCCCCCACAGUGGGCUAAAUGUCUCUUCAGUCAUAGUUACAGCUUAUGGUUUAUCUGUCUGCCAGCCUACAUUAGAGUUGCUCAUCCCAAGGUCAGAGCACUGCAGCAGGCAUAUGAUGUUCUCAUUAAAAUGAGGAAAACCGAUGUGGAGCCACUAGAUGAGGUCUGCUAUAGAGUUGUAAUGCAACUCUGUGGACUAUGGGGUCAGCCUGUUCAAGCUGUGAGAGUACUCUUUGAAAUGAAAAAUGCAGGAAUAGAGCCAAAUGCCAUCACUUAUGGUUAUUAUAAUAAGGCAGUUUUAGAGUCUCCAUGGCCUAGCAGUAACCGCAGUGGUGUGUUUCUGUGGACAAAGGUACGAAAUGUAGUUCGUGGCACAGCACAAUUUAGGCAGUGUCUAAAGAAAGCAACGCAGAGCUCACAAGUCACUGUGAUAUCAGCUCUGCAGAGUACCACAGGUGGAAGUGAUGGGGACAUGGUGAGCCAUGGUAGCGUGGAUAGUUCUAAUGAUGCAAACAGUGGGGAGCACACACUCUUCGUCAGAGACUUAGUCAGGCUUGAUUCCAUUGAUAAUCACUCUAGCACAGGAGGUCAGUCAGACCAGGGCUAUGGAUCCAAGGAUGAACUUGUAAGAGAUGAUGGAGAUGGUCUUCAUGCAACUGAAAUACAAGUAGAGAAAAGUACUUCUUCUAAAGAUGAAGAUAUAAUAGGAGAAGUUUGUGGUACAGGAGAGCCUGGUGAAAAGCUGCAGCUGAGUACAGAAACUCCCAGUCUUACAGACCCACCUGCAUGGGGUAACAGUAUUGUGAAAGUUCCGUCUGGCAUUUUUGAUAGCAGCAGAAGGAAAAACAGUGGUGGAACAAGUUCUAGCCCCCUGUUUGUAGCUCAGAAUUCAGCUGAAGAUGUCUUUGACAUUUCUGCUAGGAAGUCAAGUGAAAAAGGACAGAAGAGGCAGAAGCUCUUUUCAGAGAGAAGCUGCAGUUUCAGCAGUGAAAGUAGGGCAGGAAUGCUGCUGAAAAAAGGCAGCUUGGACUUGAACUCUAGAGAAGUAGCAAUAAUGAUGGGAGAAGAUGCCAAGAUUCUAACAGCAGCUUUAUCUGGGGCCAAAGCAUCACCCUCUUAUACUAACAAAUCCCACAGCCUUGAUAAUAUUGGUGACCAGCAGGUUUCUGGCUUCAGUGACACUCUCAUUCACGUGAAUGAGAGUGAUGGUGAAUCAGAGCACCAGUCCUCACCAGUGCUGGUAGAACCUGGGGAAUGCCAGGAUCAUCUGGAAAACGGAGGCAGUGAGAAUGUAGCUGCAGUUAAAGUCAUGGACCACAAACAGUUAGAUGAGUCUGAAAAUCAGAAAACAGAACCCAAAGAUAUCACAACUAAAAGGAAUAGCUUUUAUGGAGUAGUUAAACCUGUUGAAAGGGAAGAUGUCGAAGUGGGCCUAGACCCCUUGUCUUUGCUGGCCACUGACAGCAUGCAAUCAAGGCAUCCAGAACCUGAGGAAAAACUAGUGUCACCGGUUGCAGCACGCAAUUUGGCAGAUGAAAUAGAGAGCUAUAUGAAUAUGAAGAAUCCCUUGAGUAGCAAGUUUCCCAGCAUGGAACUGCAUAAGCCAGUUAGGGAAGCAGAAGCUGCUGGUACCCUUGGUCACACCCAAGAGAGGAGGUCAAGCCUACCUUUGGAUCCGAUCCCGACCCCUCCUGAGUCUUAUGAAAAUCGGAGAAGUCCUUCUGUCUCCAGAUCCAAAACAUUCACUGGACGACCAAAGCAACAAACCCAUCCACGGGUUCAAAAGGAGCGGUCUUCAUCCCUAACAGGACUGGGACGUUCUCCACAUGGCUCUUUAGGAUCUGUAGUAACAACUUUAUCAAAUCUGAAGUUAGACAAUAUACUCUCUGGGCCAAAAAUGGAUGUUCUGAAGUCAGGCAUGAAGCAAGCUGCUAAUGUGGCCAGUAAAAUGUGGGGAGCUGUAACCUCAGCAUAUAAUUACUCAGAUGAUGAGGAAGAAAUCACUCGUCAAGACUUUACCUUUCCUAUUGGUUUUGAAGACAGUCUUUUAGGAGAUAGUUUGUCAUCAAGAACAGGAGUCCCGGGGCUAAUUACAAGUGAGCUUGCACAAAGCACUACUAGCCUUGGCAGCAGCAGCAGCAGUGGAGAUGUAGGAAGACAGCAUUACCCAGCAGGUGAAGUUUUAUUUCCAAGAAGUAUGAAGGGCCUGGAUUCUGAGAAGUCAGAGCACAGUUCUUCCCAUAAUACUAGUUUAUCUAGUAUUUUCCAGAACUAUGCGAUGGAGGUGUUGAUGUCAAGUUGCUCCCAGUGCAGAGCUUGUGGUGCUUUGGUUUAUGAUGAGGAAAUUAUGGCUGGAUGGACAGCAGAUGAUUCAAACCUGAAUACCACCUGCCCYUUCUGUAAAAGUACUUUUCUACCAUUACUUCAAGUUGAAUUUAAAGACUUGCGAGGUUCUGCAAGUUUUUUUCUGAAGCAAAGUACUUCUGGAGAUAGUUUACAGAGUGGGAACAUUCCUUUAAAUACGGAUCCCUUGGAGCAGAAGCUCUUGUSCAAUCCAGCAGUUGCUGAUCUGAUCAGCUUUUCCGAUCAGCCACAGUCCAGCCAUACCAUAGUGGAAGAAACUAACACUACGGCUGAACAGAGUGAUACAGCAGAAGAACAGAGCAAAAGCCCCAGAACUGUGAAGACAUCUGCCAAUAAUUCAUCAAAGAAAGGAGCAUCUUUGACUCGGAGUCACAGUGUUGGAGGUCCCCUGCAGAACAUUGAUCUCUCCCAGAGACCAUCUCAUGGCAUUUCAACAGUUAGUCUUCCAAAUAGUUUGCAAGAAGUUGUGGAUCCUUUAAGGGAAAGACCCAACCCUCUUCCUGUUUCUGUACCAUAUUUGAGCCCCUUGGUACUGCGUAAAGAACUUGAGUCAUUGUUGGAAAAUGAGGGAGAGCAAGUUAUUCAUACAUCUAAAUUCAUUAACCAACAUCCCAUAAUUUUCUGGAACUUGGUUUGGUAUUUCCGACGGUUGGAUCUACCUAGCAACUUACCUGGGCUAAUUCUAACAUCUGAACAUUGCAAUGAUGGAGUGCAGCUUCCUUUGACAUCUCUUGCUCAAGAUAGCAAGCUAGUAUACAUCCAGCUUCUAUGGGACAAUAUUAACCUCCACCAAGAGCCUGGAGAGCCCCUGUAUAUAUCUUGGAGAAAUUUAAAUUCUGCUGAGAAGAGAUCCUCCAUAAUAGCAGAAGAUGAGCAGGCAACAAACACCUUAUUAGAGAGUAUCAAACAGAGCAUUCAAAACAAUGAUGUUUCUAAACCAAUAAACUUAUUGGUACAGAAAGUUAAACCAGAUGUCAAACGACAGAGGAGUUUUUAUAGAGAAAUCCUCUUCCUGUCUCUGGUGUCUCUUGGAAGAGAGAAUAUUGACAUUGAGGUCUUUGAUAGUGAAUACAGAAUUGCACUUAAAGCUCUAUCUAAGGAUGUCCUUGAAAAGAUGCAGAAAAUAGAUGCUCCACCAAGCAGCAGAGUUGAGUGUUGUAGGAAAUGCUUUGGAGCACCUUUAAUAUGAAAAGGAGAAAAGAAGCUAUUGAACUUUGGCAAGAUAAAAGCAGAGGUGGAAAAAAACAAGUGUGGUGAUACAUAUAUUUUUGAAUGCCAGAAAGGGUGAUAAUUGAGCGAUUUGUCAGUGAUUUCAUGCAACUACAACACACUUUGCCUAUCAUCUCAUGAGAAACAGUGUAAAGUAUGUUAAAAUGUUAAUGUAUGCUAUAAUGUAUUUUAUAUUAAUAGGAAGAGAUGAUUUCAGUGAUGUAUCUGCAUCUUUCCUUGUACAUAUGUCUUCUUACUCAUUCCCCAAAUGCCUCCCCUCCACGCCACAAUAUCAGGUUGUUCAGAAUGGUGGUGAUUAAAUAGAAGCAUAUAGUUGGUGGCUUUUUCACCAAUAUUUGUCUUUAAUAUUUUUUAUUUUAGUGAAAAGUCCUUCUCUGACACAAAAUCAUAAGACCUUUCAGUACUUCUUUAGAAUGUCCUUUAUCUAAAGAGAGAUAUCGUGCAUUUGUAUGUGGUAURUAUUUAUGAAUGUAAAUGUAUGAGUCUUUGGUUUGGAAGUUGGAAUGUAACUGCCUUUGUCAGAUUACACUACCUAAAACUGCUAUGUGCCUACUGAUACUUGUUCUAGUCAAUAUUU